UCUCGGCGCAUGCGCCGCGAGGGCUCCGCGGCCGGAGACACGAGUGGGCGGGCCAUGUCCGCCCCGUUCGAGGAGCGCAGCGGGGUGGUGCCGUGCGGGACGCCCUGGGGCCAGUGGUACCAGACCCUGGAGGAGGUGUUCAUCGAGGUGCAGGUGCCGCCGGGCACGCGGGCCCAGGACAUCCGCUGCGGCCUGCAGAGCCGGCACGUGGCCCUGGCCGUGGGCGGCCGCGAGAUCCUGAAGGGUAAACUCUUUGAUUCUACAAUAGCAGAUGAGGGAACAUGGACAUUGGAGGACAGAAAAAUGGUUCGCAUUGUUCUUACAAAGACAAAGAGAGAUGCAGCAAAUUGUUGGACUUCUCUUUUAGAAUCUGAAUAUGCAGCUGAUCCCUGGGUACAAGACCAAAUGCAGAGAAAACUUACGCUAGAGAGGUUCCAGAAAGAAAAUCCUGGCUUUGACUUCAGUGGAGCAGAAAUCUCAGGAAACUACUCUAAAGGUGGACCAGAUUUCUCAAAUCUUGAGAAAUAGCCAUUAUUCAAUCUUUUUUACUUUUCUUUGGUUGCAAUAUGUGGAAUUUAGCAUAAUGCCAGUUCAAUUAAAGGAACAAAAUUGUGUGAUGGAAGGAAAAUGUGGGUGCCUACAUUUAACAAAUUUGCAAAAUAUAUUUAAAUAUGGAUCUACAAUUGCAUUGAAAUAUGAUUUACAUAGGAAGCAAUGUAAAUACUUAUAUUAAUGACUUUUGGACUUAAUUUUGCUCUGCAUGAAGUUUUAUAUGUUGUAUUUUACUGAUUUCAUAUUUAAUUUGUACUUUUAAUACCAAACAAGUUAGGUUAUAUGUAUUGUGAAAUAACAGAGUGCCUUCAGGGAAAUCGGGUUUUUCAAUGAGUGUGAUGCAGAGAUAAUGUUCAAUAAACUUUUCUGAAUGGGAA